AGGGCAGGUACGUAAAUAAUGCUUUUAGUGCAAAUAAAGUCAAAAAUGGUCAUUAUUAAAUUAAGGCUAAACAGGUCAUUCACAAAAUGUAAACCACAACCAUCCAAACUAUUCCUACUAAAAUAGCAUUAUGAUUAGUUUGAUACACAAAACCAAGUAAUUAACUAUAUUAUAUUAUUUCUUAUUUCUCACUUCACAUUUGGCAAAUAAUUGAAAUUAAGAAAAGAUUAUUUUAUAUCAGGAUUUUCAAACUAGUUGCCUUCUUGUAUUUAUACUACCACACUCCAAAUCUAUUACCAAAAAAACCAAAAAUUCACACACACACGUGACACACAAUUCACAAGGCCGGAUGAAGCCGCCGCCACCACCACCACCGUCUUCUUCCUCCUCCGGCGGCGGAGUCCUGCGGAAGAGCCGCGGGCUCUCGCCUUAUCUCUUCAUUUUGUUGGCGUUUAUCCUGUUUGUCACAAUUCUCUACGGCGAAGAUUUUAGCUGCUUCUUCGGUGGCCAAUUUGAUUCCAAUUACCACCAACUGCAUCAAACCUUUUCAUCAUCAUCAUCAACAACAACUAAGAAGAAAGGGGAAAAUCAAAAGUUGGCUUUUGCCCUCACCGGAGAAGAAGAGGGUGAUCGGAAACCAGGCGGCGGCGGCGGCGGCGUCGGUAAUUGCGAUGUGUUCAGCGGGAGGUGGGUGUGGGACGACGUCGCUCGGCCGUUGUACGAGGAAUCGGAGUGUCCGUACAUUCAGCCGCAGCUGACGUGUCAAGAGCACGGCCGCCCGGACAAGGACUAUCAGCAUUGGAGAUGGCAGCCUCAUGAUUGUUCUCUUCCAAGUUUCAAUGCGACAUUGAUGCUCGAAAGCUUACGAGGAAAGAGAAUGAUGUUUGUGGGAGACUCUCUCAAUCGAGGGCAGUACGUUUCGAUGAUCUGUCUUCUUCACAGCAUCAUCCCCGAAAACUCCAAAUCCAUGGAAACUUUCGGUUCACUAACCGUUUUCUCAGCCAAGGAUUACAAUGCAACAAUAGAGUUCUACUGGGCCCCGUUUCUUCUGGAAUCCAAUUCCGACGACGCGGUUGUACACCGAAUAGCCGAUCGAAUGGUUCGAAAAGGGUCGAUAAACAAACACGGGAAACACUGGAAGGGAGUUGAUAUCAUGGUGUUCAAUACUUAUUUAUGGUGGAUGACCGGCCUCGAAUUCAAGAUACUGCAAGGAUCUUUCGAAGACAAAGAGAAAGAUGUAGUGAAAUUGCCGACGGAGGAAGCUUAUCGUAUGGCGAUGAAAAGCAUGUUGCGAUGGGUCAAGAAAAACAUGGAUCCGGAUAAAACACGAGUCUUUUUCACUAGCAUGUCACCUUCUCAUGGAAAGAGUAUUGAAUGGGGAGGCGAUGAAAACGGAAACUGCUACAACGAGACGAAGAUGAUAGAUGAUUUAACGUACUGGGGUUCGGAUUCAAGAAAGAGUAUAAUGAGUGUGAUUGGUCAAGUGUUUGGAAAUUCUAAGGUUCCCAUUACAUUCUUGAAUAUUACGCAGCUUUCGAGUUAUCGAAAAGAUGCGCACACUUCGAUAUAUAAGAAGCAGUGGACCCCGUUAACGGACGAACAGUUGGCGAAUCCGGUGAGCUAUGCGGAUUGCGUUCACUGGUGUUUGCCCGGUCUUCAAGAUACUUGGAACGAGCUUCUCUAUUCGAAACUUUUUUAUCCUUGAUUAAUUGGAAAAAAAAAAAAGGUGAAUGUAUAUUGAUGAAACUUAAUUAAUUGAAAAAGGAAAUUACAUUGA